AUGAGAGCAGAGGAGAGCAGGAGAGAGCAGGAGAGAGCAGGAGAGAGCAGGAGAGAGCAGGAGAGAGCAGGAGAGAGCAGGAGAGAGCAGGAGAGAGCAGGAGAGAGCAGGAGAGAGCAGGAGAGAGCAGGAGAGAGCAGGAGAGAGCAGGAGAGAGCAGAGGAGAGCAGAGAAGAGAGACGAAGAGAGGAAAGGAGAGGAGAGGAGAAGGCUUAG